CUUCAACGGCGUGGUCGCACACGUCCGUCGGCGUCUCACCGUCCGUUUGUUUUUCACACUAACUAACCUCCGUUAUUGCUCCGUUUCGAGUCAACCAUGUCGUCCGUACCAUCGACACGUCCAUGUGACAGGCAAAGGACCAUAGCUCAACCCCGACUCGGCACAGUCGCCGAUCUGUGAAAGUUUUUCUUAUUGUUUGUGUUUAUUUAUAUACCCAGGAUUUGCGACCUUGACCUCUGGCCCUUAUUUAUAACUCAUCAUUAUCCCCUCAAAUAAUAUGGAUGAGAGAAAGACAGGCGAUUCGUGUUGAAGCUCGUUUGUCCGUAUCGUGGUUCAAACUGGCCCACCAGUUUUGGAUUUCGUACCCGCCCCCCACGGCGGCGGGGAGCUCCACCAGUGCCAAGGACAAAGAAAAGGAGAAGGAGAAGAUCCUCGAGGAAGAAAGGAAGGUUUCCAGCAAAGAACAGCGUCAAUUGGAGUACGACAUAGCCAUUAAGGAGCACCACAGGUCCCAGCGAGAACAGUGGGAGAUUCGUCAGCUCGACAACGAUCUUUUACAGCAGCGCCACUCCGAAAGGGAACGAGAACAAAAAGAACUAGCGGAACAGCGAAUGCUCAUCGAGCAAACUACCACCACUACCACCACCACUACAACCACUACUACAACCACUACCACAACUAGUGGGGGCGGCACUGCAGCCGGUGCGUCAUCCAAUAUUGCGGCAUCAUCUUUCGAUCAUGAUGACUUCAAAUUGCAAAUGAUGUGUCGAGCCCCGAUAGCCAGCCUGGACUGCAUGGAGGAGUUCAGCGCUGGCAGUGCCCUUAGCGCUUUAGCGGACCGCGGCGGACCCGGUGAGUCCACCAUCACGAAGGAACAACUGCUGCUCAGCGGACUCACGCACUCCGCUCCAGGAGUACCGCUUCAGUUGGCCAGACAGGCGUGCGUUACACCAGGACUGAGAUACCGGAAUCUGGGGAAAAGCGGCUUGAGAGUGUCCAAUAUUGGACUCGGUACGUGGCCAACUUUUAGCCCAAGUUUGACAGAAGAGCAAGCGGAACAAAUCAUCGUAUUAGCUGUAGAAAGUGGAAUUAAUGUUUUUGAUUUGUCAGAGGCUCAUUCAGGUACGAGAGCAGAAGUCGAAUUAGGAAGAAUUUUGUCUAGGAAAGGUUGGAAAAGGACCAGCUAUAUCGUUACUACGAAAAUAUAUUGGAGUACGAGGUCAGAAGAACGAGGACUAUCCCGUAAACACAUCAUUGAAAGCGUAAAAGCAAGUUUAGUGAGACUUCAACUGUCCUAUAUAGAUGUCGUUAUAGUGCACAAAGCGGAUCCGAUGUGUCCCAUGGAAGAGGUGGUUAGAGCCAUGCAUUACGCCAUUUGUCAAGGUUGGGUCAUGUAUUGGGGCACGGCACGUUGGUCGCCCGUCGAAAUAAUGGAAGCUUACACAAACUGCAGACAAUUCAAUUGUGUGACGCCUAUCGUUGAACAAACUGAGUACCACAUGUUUUGCCGGGAGAAAACUGAACUGUACAUGCCAGAAUUGUACAAUAAAAUAGGAGUUGGUUUGAUGGCUUGGUCACCUAUUUCGAUGGGUUUCACCCAAGGACGUGAUGAUGGUAGCGGAAGCGUAGGUGGUAGCGUUCAGUUAUUUUCGCGUGCCAGUUUCAAGAAUAAAUACAGUUCUUUUUCGUGGACAGAGGAUGAAACAACUGCUGCGAACAAAGAGUGUUCCAGUUAUGGUUGGAUGAAGGAUAGACUCCAGCCGGACGAAUCAAGAAGACAGUGUGAAAAAAUCAGGGAACUAAAUGCUCUGGCUGAAAAACUUGGAUGUACUUUGACCCAACUAGCUACAGCUUGGUGUUUAAAAAACGAAUCGGUCCAGUGUUUAUUACUAGGCGCCAGUUCUGUCGAUCAACUUUACGAUAGUAUACAAUCUUUACAGGUAAAUAACUUUUUAUUAUUAAUUUGUAGGGUUGGUACAUCUAAAGGGGUUGAAAGGAUCACUGACAAGGGGAAAAAUAGUAGCAGCUUAAGUUGGCCGAAAACCACAAUUAUCGGUUGUCCUGUAAUUAUUAUGUUAUAAAAACAGAGAGGGAGAGAGAUCUACUUAUUAAGUACAAUGUGGUAAAAGUAGAAUGAACAAUGUUUGAUUAAUCAAAUUUUUAAGUCUUGCUUUGUUUUUUACUUAUUUGCUGUUCAUACUAGUGCAGAACUAAUUAUUGUCAAAUUCUAAACCCUCAAUUUACUCGAAAAUAUGAAAACACUAUAGAUUUUUUUCAACCUGAAUCGUUUAUACGUCUAUCCAACAUGGAAGGCUACGUCGCAACCCCCUUUAGAUAAAGCAGCUGUGAUUCAUUUGAUGAUUUAAUUAUUACUUUUGUAGUAUGUACCAUUUUAAGUCACGUAAUUUGAAUUAUCUGAUUCAAUCUAAGUAAUCCUCCCUUUAAUUUUGUACCCCGUUGGCUCUCAGUCUACGUUACUUUAAAAAAUGCUAAUAAUCAUGAAUCACCUUCCAAAACUAUAUUGUAACAACCACGUUACAUUCACAAUUCACUACUUUUUACAAUUUAACAAAUUCACAAAUCCGUUACUGAUGUUCACCAGAUAUCCAACUUUCUUGGCUUUCUGGAUAAAACUGAUUGUACUCAUCGCACAUGUGCUCGUCAGGAUACCCUGAGUAAGAUAACUCAUCAGUUUUGUCAAAAUCCUGCCUUAGUACUGCUCUUUUGUACCUCUCAGCUAGGAGAGGAUCAAAUCCACCUUCUACAGGUCCAGGAAUGUAACUAGGAUGUAAUUGGUCGUCCGUUUUUCGUUGUGCAUCGUUCUGGAUUGUGUUAUGUCUUAAGCCUGAAUAGUAAUGACCUUGAUGUUUGUUUCUAAUAGUUCGAACUUUGUGUUCACCGGCCUGGUUUAUGCCCUGAGGAUAGUUUAACGUAUCUAGAAAGGCAUCUCUUGUGUUGAAAUCUUCCGGAGCAGUGCUAACAAGCCUCUGACCUUCAUGAAAGCCUUGGUAGUAGGCUUUUUCCAACCGAUGAUUGAUUGACGCUGGUAAUGGCGGGUCAUCGUAGAAGUAACUCUCUCGUAUUUGUUGCUUCGGAGGGGAAUGAGAUCUACGCAAGCUUCUUGCUCGUUUUUCUGUGUAACGUGAUGAAGACGGACAUCUUGGUACUUUGAGGACUAUAGUGUCAUUUACAUCGAAAGCUCCUUGAGGUAUUAUUAUUGUUUUUAUUCUUCUUUUAUCGGUUUGGUCCAUUUUUACAAAAAUUUUGAAUAUAAAUGUUUGACUUAGUAAAUUAAAGUGUCAAUGGUGGCAGCUGAAUCAGUGAACAGUUGAAGAAUUAAAUAGGAUUGAUUAUUAGGUACCUACCUCUAGAGAAUCUGUCUUAAUCCACGAUCAAACCUUGGUAUUUUUUUUUAUUAUUUUAUUAGCUUAGCCACGAUCAAAGAUAUUGGGCCACGAUACAUUUUCGUAUAAUCACUAGUUUGGUCGAUGUAUUUUGUAGACUCAGUAAUGUUUUGUAUGUCAAUGUCAUAC